ACUACUUGACAACAUUAAAAGAAAUUUUCAAGUUGAUCACCUAAUCCUAAAAAUUUACUUACAAGUCAUCAUAGGCUACAUUUCUAGUAUUAAUAUGUUGAAAAGAAGUGUGGUUGUAAAAAAACCUUAUACUCCAAAGUAAAGCCCCACUAGAAUAUGACAUGGAGAUUUCAAGUAGAAACUAGAACAAACAACAAAAAUUUGAAUGUCUAGUUGGCACCAAUCAAAGCCUCAAAAACCUUAUCCCACAUCAUAAAUCUAAUCUUCCCCCACAUCCAAAAACUAAGCCAAUUUCCCUUCACACAUCACAAAAUUAUCUAAAACAUAUUGACCCUCCCCUCCAACAUCACCAUUGUAACAAAGAAUAACAAAAGAGAGUAAUUGAGUUUGUAAGUGAGCAAUGGCUGCUUCCACACAAUGUUUCUUGCACCAAUAUCAUGCACUAAGAUCUAGCCCUGCUAGAACAUCCUCUGUUUCAUCUCCUAAGCCUAACCAAUUGAUUUGCCGUGCACAAAAGCAAUAUGAUGCCAGCAACGCCGUCUCGAGACGAUUGGCUCUUACUCUCCUCAUUGGUACUGCUGCCAUUGGUUCCAAGGUUUCCCCUGCAGAUGCUGCCUAUGGAGAAGCUGCAAAUGUUUUUGGUAAGCCAAAGGAAAACACUGAUUUCUUGCCAUACAAUGGAGAUGGAUUCAAGCUCCAAGUCCCAGCCAAAUGGAACCCCAGCAAAGAAGUUGAGUACCCUGGUCAGGUUCUCAGAUAUGAAGACAACUUUGAUUCCACAAGUAAUCUUAUUGUUGCAGUAACUCCAACUGACAAGAAGUCCAUCACCGACUACGGCUCCCCUGAAGAGUUCCUCUCUAAAGUGGACUAUCUGCUAGGAAAGCAAGCUUACUUUGGUAAAACUGAUUCAGAGGGAGGAUUUGAAUCUGGUGCAGUGGCAACUGCUAACCUGUUGGAGGCAUCAAGCGCAACAGUGGGAGGAAAAGAGUACUACUACUUGUCAGUAUUGACAAGAACUGCAGAUGGAGAUGAAGGUGGAAAGCACCAGUUGAUCACAGCCACAGUGAAUGAUGGCAAACUUUACAUUUGCAAGGCACAAGCUGGUGACAAGAGAUGGUUUAAGGGUGCUAAAAAGUUUGUGGAGAAUGCUGCCACUUCUUUCAGUAUUGCUUAAGAAUGGGAAAACUAAAGAAAACCAUUAUUUAAGUUUGUAUGUACUUAGUUCUUCCCUCCUCUACAAAACAUAUGGUGCUGAGAUGAGUUGCUUAAUUGGACUUCUUUUUUGCUCUUUCCAACCAAUCCCAAAAAUGUUUUUAGACAUGUUUCAAGUACUGUUGGAGGAAGCUUAAUGUUAAUAAUUUCAUAAUCUGUUGAUGGACUA